AAAACCUGCUGGUUCUUACUGUUGCCACCAAGCAGACUGAGGGAUUCCAGCGCUUCAGAAGAUCAGCCCAGUUCUUCAACUACAAAGUCCAGGUGCUGGGGCUGGAUGAGGAAUGGCAGGGUGGAGAUGACAAGAAGCCAGCAGGAGGUGGGCAGAAGGUCCGUCUCUUGAAAUCGGCUUUGAAGCAGUAUGCGGACAAGGAAGACUUGAUCAUCCUUUUUGUAGAAAGCUAUGAUGUACUUUUUGCUUCGGGCCCCACAGAACUGCUGAAGAAGUUCAAACAAGCCAAGAGCAAGGUGGUCUUCUCAGCAGAGAACUACAUCUAUCCUGACAGAAAGUUGGAAGCCAAGUACCCCGAAGUGCGAGAUGGAAAGCGCUUCCUGGGUUCUGGAGGCUUCAUAGGUUAUGCUCCAAACCUGAAGAAGCUUGUGGAGGAGUGGAAAGGGCAGGAUGAUGACAGUGACCAGCUCUUCUAUACGAAUGUUUUCUUGGAUCCAGAAAAAAGAGAAAGUAUCAACAUCAGUCUAGACCAAAGAAGCCGGAUCUUCCAAAACCUAAAUGGAGCAUUAGAUGAGGUAGUUAUGAAGUUUGAAAACUCGCGAGUGAGAGCAAGAAACUUGUUAUAUGACACUCUGCCUGUGGUGAUUCACGGAAAUGGACCCACCAAGCUGCAGCUGAACUACCUGGGAAACUACAUUCCUCAAAUAUGGACAUUUGAGACUGGCUGCACUGUGUGCGAUGAAGGUCUGCGAAGCCUCACGGGGUUUAAGGAUGAGGCAUUGCCAAUGAUUCUGAUUGGCAUUUUCAUCGAGCAGCCCACCCCAUUCCUCUCGCAGUUUUUCUUGCGGCUUCGUAACCUUCAUUACCCAAAACAACGAAUCCAGCUCUUCAUUCACAACCAUGAGCAACAUCACUUGAUGGAGGUGGACUCUUUUGUUGAAGAGCAUGGCAAAGAAUAUCUUGCCAUCAAAGUGAUUGGACCAGAUGAUGAGGUGGAGAAUGCUGAGGCACGUAACUUGGGCAUGGACUUGUGCAGAAAGGAUCCUGACUGUGACUAUUACUUUAGCCUGGAUGCUGAGAUAGUUCUGAAGAACACAGAGACUCUAAGGAUCCUGAUUGAACAGAACAAGAUGGUGAUUGCCCCACUGGUAAGCCGUCAUGAGAAGUUGUGGUCAAAUUUCUGGGGAGCACUGAGCCCUGAUGGAUACUAUGCCCGCUCAGAAGAUUAUGUGGAUAUUGUUCAAAGGCGGAGGGUUGGGCUUUGGAAUGUUCCCUACAUCAGCAGCGUUUACAUGGUUAAAGCCAAGGCUCUGCGAUCGGAGCUUGACCAGGGAGAUCUCUUCCACAGUGGCAAGCUGGAUACUGACAUGGCUUUCUGUCACAACGUCCGGAAUCAGGGAGUCUUUAUGUACCUGACAAAUCGGCAUCAGUUUGGACACAUACUGUCCCUGGAGAAUUACAAGACAACUCACCUCCACAAUGACCUCUGGCAAAUAUUCAGCAAUCCUGAGGACUGGAGAGAAAAGUACAUCCAUGAAAACUACACAGCAGCUCUGAAAGGGAAAUUGGUAGAAAUGCCCUGCCCAGAUGUUUAUUGGUUCCCCAUAUUCACUGACACUGCCUGUGAUGAGCUGGUGGAAGAAAUGGAACAUUAUGGCCAGUGGUCCACAGGUGACAACACGGACAGCAGAAUACAAGGAGGAUAUGAGAACGUCCCAACUAUUGACAUACACAUGAACCAAAUUGGCUUUGAAAGAGAAUGGUAUAAGUUUCUUCUGGAUUAUAUUGCACCCAUCACAGAGAAACUGUACCCAGGAUACUACACCAAGGCUCAGUUUGAGCUAGCCUUUGUAGUUCGCUACAAACCUGAUGAGCAGCCGUCUUUAAUGCCCCAUCAUGACGCUUCCACCUUUACCAUUAACAUUGCUUUGAACCGAGUUGGGAUAGACUAUGAGGGAGGAGGCUGCCGGUUCCUGCGCUACAAUUGCUCCAUUCGAGCACCACGGAAAGGGUGGACCCUUAUGCAUCCAGGACGCUUGACCCACUAUCAUGAAGGUCUUCCAACCACCAAAGGAACCCGUUAUAUCGCAGUGUCUUUUCUUGACCCCUAGAGCCAUGCUUCACAGGAAGGACCUUUCCCUGGGCCUGCUCACUGAUGACUUUGAGUGGAAACAGGGAAUGCUGCUGAAAGGUUCUAAGGCAUUGAUCAAAGCUAUUUGGAUAUUGAUUUUUAACGAUAUUUUAAGACUCCACUACUGGAAGAUCUCCCUCUUUUGACACUGCAGGUAAUAUCUAGGAAUAUUGCUGUAGAAUUUGGAAGGAGAUUUUGUGCCUUCAUUUUUGAUUCUGCUCCUCAUCCACUGUUUCUUGGAAAUGCGAUUUACUUGAACCUUCACUGAUUGGUUGGCUUUACAAAAAUGCUUUUUUGGACUGGAAAUCCAGCUCUUUGGAGGCAAGUCACAAGCUCUCUCUCCAAGUAGCUGGAAGCCCAUUUCCAUCCACAGCAUAUACGGGACUGGAUGUUAGACAAUAAUUCCUGGAUACUAUUCCAAAUACUGUUCCAAUCAGGGAGCUGACUCCAGGAGUCAUAACAGUUAAAUGUCAUACCAGAUGAAACUCAGUAAUAAGAGCCUGAAGAUCAUCUGAUUCUCCUUACCUCUUUGCAGUCCUUGGAAGCAAAAGUUCAGAGCAGCAGCAGUGGUGCACCUCUGUGGUGCUUCCAGUUAGCUAAAGGAAGAUCCACUAGUGAUACUUUACCUCUG